GGGGCUCCGGGUGUAGGUCCGGGGACAGCGACAGGUACAGCAAGGAAGGUGGCCAAGCUUCUAUGUGUAAUGCUGACAUGUAAACGCCACAUUGCAGAAUUCAGGACUUUCUCCAGGGAGGGCAGAAGUGGAAUACUGCUCAAGAAGGCAAAAGAGCAUCUGGAAACAGCCCUCGCCUGCCAAAUCCUCUCCAGGGGAUAGUUAUGGUGCAGCUACCUCUGCUGGAGCUCUGUAUCUGAGGCCAUCCGUGCUGACAUGUUUUGGACACAAGACUUCCGUCACAAACAUCAUGGAGAAGUAUCUCAAAGGCCUGUUGUCUCCUGAUUCUUUGCUGACAUUGAAAAGCUACAUAGGGAGGCGGGUGACCUGUACAGCUGCGCUACACUUGUUCUGCUCCUUGACAUGCUUGAGCUUUCUUUUCUCCAGCACAGAUGCUGCACAAACCAAUUCUGUGACUCAGCAAGGAAGAAUUCACUUUGGUUUUGGCUUACGGACUAGGAAUAAUAUUGAAUUCCUUACAGUGGCAAACGGCCGCCAAUCUGUGCAUACCUGCCAUGAUUUGUGCUACAAGAGUCACUCAUGCAAUGUGUUGUGGUUGUUAAAAGACACCUGCAUCCUUGCUGACUGUAGGACUCCACAUCACUGUCAAAUAACCAAGAUGGACUCCAGAGACUCUCUGUUGGUUUUCUUAGACAAGGAGCGCACAUCAUGGACUUUACCAUUUCACCGUAUGUCAGAUAUAAGUCGGGAAGAGUAUCGUCCUGAAGAAUCACAUAGGCCAAGGCUGAAAAGAGGGGCUCUGUUACGAGUUAAAAGACAGGAUAGCAAGCUCGGCAAUCAAAAUCGUAAAACUGAACAGCAAGAUCCUCCUUCAAAAAGAAACCACAAAAUUCUAACGAAUAACACAGCAGGGAACCAAGACACAGAGCUACAUGUACCAUUAGUAAUGCCUAGCACAUUGCCAUUACUUGAAAGUUCUCUUACAACGAGGCCAUCUGCCAGUAUCAAUACCACCAAUUCACUGCCAUCUGAAGCUUUGCCAGACACUGGUGGAGAAAAUCCAGACACCGCCACAUCAGCACCAUUCUUAAUACCUGCCAAUACAAGCGCACAUCCAACUCCAGCUCCUACAAGUACCAGUCCUACAACACCAGUCACAUACAAGCUUGUGGUUUCUGCUGGGGCCAGUGUUGAAAUCACCUUACCAAAAAACGAAGUUCAGCUGAAUGCUUUUGUUGUUCCAGAGCCUCCUGAAGGAAAAGUAUAUACCUAUGAUUGGAGGCUGAUUACUCAUCCUACAGAUUACAGCGGAGAAAUGGAAGGCAAGCAUACACAGUCACUCAAGUUGUCAAAGCUCACAGCAGGCCUGUACGAGUUUAAAGUCAUUGUGGAUGGGGAAAAUGCACACGGAGAGGGGUUUGUGAAUGUUACCGUCAAGCCUAAGCCACGUGUAAAUCAGCCGCCGGUAGCCAUUGUGUCUCCUCGCUACCAAGAAAUCUCACUGCCUACCACCUCUACUGUCAUAGAUGGAAGCCAGAGCACAGAUGAUGAAAAAAUAGUUAGCUACCACUGGGAGGAGCUAAAGGGUCCACUAAGGGAAGAGAAAAUUACAGGAGACACUGAAAUACUUAAACUCACUAACCUUGUUCCUGGAAAUUAUACUUUCAGGUUAACUGUUGAAGACUCUGAUGGGGCCAGAAAUUCUACUACUGCAAACCUUACUGUAAACAAAGCUGUUGAUUACCCUCCUGUGGCAAAUUGUGGAGCAAACCAAGUCAUCACACUGCCCAAAAACUCUAUUGUGCUGUAUGGAAACUUAAGCACUGAUGAUCAUGGUAUUAUCAGCUAUGAAUGGUCCUUGAGUCCCAGCAGCAAAGGAAAAGUAAUGGAGAUGCAGGGAGUCAGAACAGCAACUCUUCAGCUGUCAGCUCUUCAAGAAGGAGAUUAUACGUUUCAGCUCACGGUGACAGACUCUGCAGGUCAGCAGUCUACCAGCGAGGUGACAGUAAUUGUUCAGCCUGAAAACAACAAGCCUCCUCAAGCUGAUGCUGGCCCGGACAAAGAGCUUACUCUUCCAGUGGACAGUACAACCCUAGAUGGAAGUCGGAGCACUGAUGAUCAGAAGAUUGCCUCUUAUUUCUGGGAGAAAACAAAGGGCCCAGAAGGUAUAAAAAUUGAGAACAACAAUGGCAGCAUUGCUACAGUUACUGGCCUACAAGAUGGACAGUAUGAAUUCACACUGACUGUAAAGGAUGACCGAGGCUUGCAGGAUCAGGCAAUUGUUAGCGUAAUUGUGAAGGAGGAGAUCAACAAGCCGCCUGUGGCAAGGAUUGCAGGAAAUCUUGUCAUUACUCUCCCAACUAACACAGCAGAGUUGGAUGGCUCCAAAUCCUCAGAUGAUAAGGGAAUUGUUAGCUACCAAUGGGAGAGAGAUGAGAAUAGCCCAGCUGCUGGGGAGGUGUUGAAUAACUCUGAUCGCCAUGCAGUCCUAUUCCUCUCUAACCUUGUUGAAGGGACUUACACCUUUCACUUGAAGGUGACUGAUGGCAAAGGAGAGAGCGAUAGUGACAGAACAACUGUUGAGGUGAAACCAGACCCAAUGAAGAACAACUUGGUGGAAAUGAUUCUGGAUGUGAAUGUCAGCCAGUUGACUGAACGACAGAAAGGAAUGUUUAUGAGGCAAAUUGGGGUUCUUCUUGGCGUACUGGACUCUGAUAUUACUGUGCAGAACAUCCAACUCUACACAGAGAAGAGCACAAAGGUGAUCUUUUAUGUCAAGAAUCAGCCCCCCCACUCGGUCAUGAAAGGUUACAAGGUUGCAUGCACUCUUCGCAAUGAAUUGCGCAAGCAGCAGAGUGAUUUCCUUAUCUUCAGAGCACUUGAGAUUGACACAUUCACUUGCCAGUUAAAUUGUUCUAUGCACGGCCACUGCAACUCUGUUACUAAGCGUUGUGUCUGUGACCCUUUUUGGAUGGAGAAUUUUUUUCGUCGACAGUUUGGAGAUGGAGACAGCAACUGUGACUGGAGCGUGCUAUAUGUCAUUAUCACAAGCUUUCUCUGUGUCGUGGCAUUGGGACUGCUAACUUGGUGCAUGGUCUGUUGCUGUAAAAGAAAGAAAGGAAAACCAAAGAGGAAGAGCAGGUAUAAAAUCCUUGAAGCCACUGAUGACCAAGAGAGUUUGGAGCUAAAGUCAAGCAUCAAAACUGGAGUAAAAAUGAAAUCUCCAGUUCAGAACACGAGUUUGAUGCAUUCAGAAUCCGAGCUAGACAGCGAUGACAAUGCUUACACCUGGUCAGAUAGAGAGAAGGGAAAACUGCUCCGGCCUCAGAAUGGUUCUUUGCGUAAUGGACAAGCCUCUCACAAAAACAAAAACCAAAGAGAGGAGUUGCUAUAAUCUCGUUUUCUGCCCAGGAAUUUUAUUUUCACCUGUACAGCAGUUAAAGCUGCUGAACUGUCCUUUUCACCACUGCUGGUUUACUUUGUGGACAAAGCUGCUACCUUGAACUUCUUUUAAAUAAAUGGAUAUUUUAGUAGAAUUACCAACUAUUUUGCUCUUCUGAGAGAACCGAGGCUGAACAUACUUGAACUGUUAUUUUUUUCAAUUGAAAGUACUACUGGAUUUAUGCUGAACAUUUUUUUUUUACUAAUUUAAUGACUUUUUUUCUGCACAUAAUCUUGGGGAAACAGCUCCCAGGAAUGAGCCACGCUGUUAAAUUUACACCUCUUUAAAUGCACUACUGUGCCAGGUCCCUGAUGGCAUUGAAGGAUAAAAUGUGAAAUGCACUGGGCAUUUUCUGUAGCCCAAUCUCAGCCGUGUUUUUUCAUGGCCUUUUUCUGCAACAAAUGUUCCUCCCUCAUUUAACGACAUAUCUUUUUCCAAAAAGGUGACAUUGGUUUCUGUGUGCUCACAGAUCUUGACCAUCAACAAAUGAAAUGUACAUCUAAAGCAAAAUAACUUGCUGCAAACCUCUUUUAUGGGGAGGAGAUGUGAGAAGCAGAAUAAUGAAUGGUGUUCAAUAA